AUGGGUCGAUUUCGUUCGGGCUACCGUCAGCCCUCAUCACUUCUGUAUGUGGGAAGCACUGCUGUCGGUGCAGCCAAGCGGCAUUUGAACCGCAUGGCAGUCUACAGAAGACUUCAAAGAACCGAAUUUGUGGAUGCAGAAUUGUCCCUGAGAUAUUGGGCAUCCCAACACAACCUUUUCCAGUUUGUGCUUGUUCCGCUGGAAUUUUGUGACAGCUACCAGCGAGCUUGGACUGUUGAGCACGAACUCAUUGCUCAAUGGCAGGCACCUGUGAAUUAUCCCAGAGCAAUGUCUCUCAUUAAGAAGACCGCUUUCGGUUUCCGAAUUUCGUCCAAACGCAGAGGGUCAUUUUAUUGCACCUUUGGCCUCCGACUUUGGCGCAAACUGCGAAAGCGCAUGUUUGGUCGCAGUCCGAAAUUCUUCAUUCAUGACUCUCGGGCAUUAGCCUGGGGGCUUCUGUUUAAGCUGGCAUCGAGAACCCGAGCAUCCUUUGAAACAGCGAAGCUGCUCCGAUCCAACAAGACGGCUGACGAGGAAGUGUAUGCCCUCAUCAAACUCAGUCGCAAUAUCGAAAACCCUCAUCGCAACAGGGUGCAAGGAAUACUCAAAGGUGUAGCCAAGUUUCGCAAGAAGAUGCACUGGCCACGGACUUCCCGACCUUUGGGAGUCCUGCCAACUGCGUCUCCUUCGUUUUCCAAGGAGUGCGAGAAGUGGUUAAAAGACCUCAUCCUCCGGUAUAAGUAUCUUUUUCCAUCUUUUCAUGUUCCAAAGAACAGCCUACGUGAAGUUCCGCACCAGAGUAUCAAGAAAUUUCUCCACAACUUCCGAUCUUGGGAAGAAACGAUGUGGGAGCACGACUUUGAUUUGGAGUCGGUGCACUGUCCGUGUGAGCAGUUUGCAGGAAAACUUCCUGCUCAUUGCUUCGUGUCUGGCCACGUAGCCACAGGUUUGGAGAACCUGACCAAGCUACUACCAGGCUGUUCGAGCAUCUUAUCGGCCAGUGCCGCGAGCACCUUUUUCCCAGGCCGCAAUCACUGGAUGGCCAAGUCCAGAGCUCUGUUUGAUCAGUGGCUCAAGAGACACAAGCUACCAGCGACGUUGCAUCCAAUUUUUCAAUCCUUUUGUGACCACCAGUGGCAGCAACAUGUUGCAGCCCUGGAACAAUCAGACAGACUAAACUGGGCUUUGGUACAGAAGGUGAAGUCUGCCUUGCGCUCGGAUUUUGUUCUGUACAACGAAGAUCAUCAUCCGAAUCAUGUCGUGUGCUAUUGUCCUCGCUUCUUCCUUCGAGGAGUUAGCACCACAUGGAACGAUCCCUCUGUGUUUCGUACUCUUGAUGGUACCCCUGAAGAAUGGAGACAGCGCAUUUUGAAGCGCGUUCCUCGAGAUCUGUCCAGAAGAUACGCCUGGGCCUUCAAAGAAGCAGCUCCGCUGCCUCAAGGCACUGUGUUCCUGAAACGGAAGAAACAGUUUGCCAAGGGACGGACCAUCAUUUCGUAUUCCAAUUCGUUGUGCAGCAAGCUAUUGGAGCUGACCUCCAUUGCGUUAACCUUAAUGGUCAAGACGCUGUUUGCUGACAGCCCAGGCAUGCAGAGCAUGCCACAGCUCUGGAGGUCUCUUCAUGCUUAUUGGGCGAAGCCCAACCAAGAGGAAGACGUCGAAUGGAACGACGAUCUCGUGGGAUUUUUCAAUGCAGUUCCCCGAAAAGACAUCAUGCACGCAGUGCAUUUGAUUGUCCAAGAAUACUGCCAAACUUCUGGCUGUUCGAUCCUCUCGAUCGAUAUGUUGUCAAAAACGGGACACCCGGGCAAACCUCGGGGGAGAACGAAAUCAAACUUAAAGAGGUGUUGGGUUUCUGAUGUUCCGCUGAUUGUGGAUCUAUCCUUCGCCACGGGAGUUUUUACAGCUGCUGGAAAGUGCAGGCAGCAAGUGGAGGGGACGUGUAUAGGCAAUCAAAUAUCGCCGAUCCUCUCCGGACUUCCUGUACUCCUGGCCGAACGGCAGUUUUUGCAAUCUUUGCCGACGGCCAUCCAAUCGUCUUUCUUGUUUCUCCGUUACGUCGAUAACAGACUGAUUCUGGGACCUCAGAAAAUUCUACUGUCGUCCCAACUCCGGAGAUUCUGCGAUCCCAACUUUUAUGAUGGGAUUCAGUUGGAAACUGUGUCAGACCAUCAAUGGUUGGGUUUUACCAUUUGUGCCAAGACUCGCUCAGCAACUUUUAAUCUCCCGGAGCAACCGUGGCAGAUCCGCUCGCCCAACAGCGCUGGAUCGUGGCAGCUGGCAGCCUCGGGAUACUUUUCUCGAGCAUCUUUGAUUCGCCAGUAUUCCUGGAAGCUAGCAGAGCUCGGUCGGUUUCGGUACACCCACCACCUCGAGCUCCGCUUCCAAUUCAACUCACACCGGGUGAGCCGGCCAGGUCUACUCACCCCAGCCGUGAGCGUCAUGAUCGCAGUCGCUCGAGACGACGACGGCGUCGACACCAUCGGCAUGAACGUCAACCUGAGGGACCUCCCGCGGCCCCAGUUCGACCAGUUCUGCCUCCCCCGCAGCCUCCCACUCGACCACCAACAAGAUCUAUUGAGCCGGAUUCUGUCCGUUCCCGGCCUCAUGAAAACAAAGGGCCCAGCAACAGUCCACAGCGACCGCCGGGGCAAUGGGAACAGCUAUUUCAUGCUGCUCAUCGCAGCAGCUAUGAACAACUGCGAGAGCAAAUCACAGCUCGAGCCAAAGGCAGACCGACCUUUUCUGCCUGUGAUUCCUAUUGGCCAACGGGAGGUUGUCACUCUUGCCCGGUCCAUUUUGGCCAGCAAGAUACCAUAUAAGACAAUUUUUCAGCAUGAUGCCAAGGCGUAUGCCAUGCCCCAAGAAGCAUUGCAUGUUUGGGAGUUUCCAGUGGCACAUAUGCCAGGACCUGAAGAGCAGACCAACUGCUAUUAUCUUUGGGGACACGGGACCACGGCCGAAGGCCUGGUCGGCAUCCUCACGUUGGGCAGAGUCAUUCGCUCUAGCGCCGAAGCUGUACAUGUGGCGCCGCACGAUCAUGUGUGCUCCUUUUAUGGCAAAGCCACACAACACGUGCACUAUGAAGAGAGCAAGUUAGACUUCGUGUCAAAACUGCACCACUCCACGAAGAAUUCCGCAGGAGUGGUCGUGGGAGGAUAUCUUGGAUCUGCGCAUCACAAAUCCAAGUCCUCCAGCACUGUACAUGAAGGACAUUUGUGCAAGUUCCACCCGCUUGUACACUCCCCUUCAGGAGAUAAGCGCUGGGCGGUGCGUGAAGCCGCAGGACGCAUUGACAAAAUUUGGAUUUUGUCAAGCACCCAUUCCGUUACGUUGCCGAUGUCCACCCCCAACAAUCCCCGGCCGAUUACUUUUGAAACGGGGGAAGGACAGGAUUGGGGAGUCAGCUGGCCUGGCUUGGAGUACUCUGUACGAAGCACCGAAGCUUUACCGGUCUCCGAUGUACAGAGAGAGGCUUAA